AUGAUAGCUUACCUUGAAUUUGAACACUUCGUUCAUGGAAACGACACAGAAUCAUCUCCAAACGACGACGUUUCAUCCCUCCAAACCUCUUUCCAUUUCGCCCCAAACUCCAUCGCCACCAAAGACUUCGGCGGCAUGAAAUCCUCCAACCCCCUCGCCGUAAUCCGUCCAUACUCCACCGCCGACGUUGCGAGAGCCGUCAAAGCAGCGGCGACAACCGCAAACCUGACAGUCGCCGCACGUGGCAACGGCCACUCCAUCAACGGCCAAGCCAUGGCAGAAAAAGGACUAGUCCUCGACAUGCGCGCUACCGCGGAGGAACAUUUUCAACUCCUCUAUCUCGAAGGUGUUCCAUACGUCGACGUUUCGGGAGGGGCAUUAUGGGAAGAAGUGCUGAAACGGUGCGUUUCGCAGUUUCAACUUGUUCCGAGAUCGUGGACGGAUUAUCUCGGGUUAACGGUGGGUGGAACGUUAUCUAACGCCGGUGUUAGUGGUCAGACUUUCCGUUACGGACCACAAACGGCAAACGUAACGGAAUUAGAAGUCGUUAACGGGAAAGGUGAAAGCUUAGUUUGCUCCGAAAAUCAAAAUUCAGAGCUUUUUUUUGCAUCGCUUGGUGGCCUCGGUCAGUUUGGCAUCAUCACUAGAGCCAGAAUCAUUCUUCAACAAGCCCCUGAUAUGGUGAGGUGGAUAAGGGUGAUUUACUCGGAAUUUGAGGACUUUACUAAAGAUGCAGAGUGGCUGGUGACACUACCAGAAGGUGACGGUUUUGAUUACGUGGAAGGAUUCGUUGUGGUUAAAAAUGAUGACCCGUGUAAUGGAUGGCCCACAAUUCCGAUGGGUUCGAACCAAACCUUCAAUCCGGUUCGUAUUCCUUCUUCAGCCGGACCGGUUCUCUAUUGCUUAGAACUCGCGCUUCACUAUCGUAAAACCUCUCGCUCUUCCGAUGUUGACACGAAAGUGGAUAGAUUGCUUGGAGGGCUGAGAUUUGUUGAGGGUGUAAAGUUUGAGGAUGAUGUGAAAUAUGUGGAUUUUUUGUUACGUGUGAAGCGUGUGGAAGAGGAUGCGAAAGCUAAAGGUAUAUGGGAUGCACCUCAUCCAUGGUUGAACAUGUUUGUAUCCAAAUCCGACAUUGCUGAUUUUGAUCGUGAAGUGUUCAAGAAAAUCCUUAAUAGUGGGGUUGGUGGUCCCAUUCUAGUUUAUCCACUAUUGCGAAGCAAGUGGGAUGAUAGACACUCAGUAGUGGUACCAGACAGCAACAUUUUCUACAUUAUAGCAUUGCUUCGAUUUAUUCCACCACCACCAAAGGGACCACCUACUGAUAAAUUGGUGGCACAAAACAAUGCAAUUAUUCAACUUUGCUACAAUAAGGGUUUCAAUUUCAAGCUAUAUCUUCCUCACUACUUGACACAGGAGAAUUGGAAGCGUCACUUUGGCGAUAAAUGGAAUAGAUUUGUUCAGAGAAAACAUAAUUUUGAUCCUUUGGCUAUUCUUGCACCUGGUCAGAAAAUAUUUUCCAGAAACCAACUUCAAUAA